AUGUUCCGCCGUCGCUGGCUUGGUCUCCCCAAGGACCCCAUGUUCCCAUCCAACCUCAAGGAUCUCGGGCAAGUCUUCCCUCUCGUCUCGUCUAGAGUUGGAGAAACUAACACUCGCAGCUACUUUGUCAACGAUCAAGACGAGAUCCGCAACAUCGAGAACCCCAACUACUACUUCAAGUACUACCUCACCAAGAAUGGCCGGGUAAACGACCGCCAGCGUUUCCACUUCAACGAAGCUGUUCGCGAUAUCGUCCACGACCGACUCGAAAAGGAAGGCAUGAAAAAGAUUCUUCUUCCCAUCGGCGCCCAACAAACAUCUCCUCAUGUGCCGAUCCUCACCAGCGCGGACUUGGCCACGGCGUCGCGGGUCGUCGUCGUCUUCGGCGAGCCUAGCCAAGACCUCGGUAUCUUGGCCCUCCGGGUCGCCAACGGCCCUGGCGGCAUCAACAAGGGCUCCAUGGUCUCCGUCGUCCAGGAGAUCGCCCGUCAGACGUCGUCCGUCUCUGAUCCGUCCGCGCCCAGCAUCAUCUUAGCUAAUACGGGCGAGCUCUGGUGGUGGCCGGAGGGGAAGAAGGCCCUGAGCCCUACUUCCGCCCAUGCCGUGCCGCAAAAGAGCAUGGUCCACCACGGCCGCGCGUUCAACCCGAAGCUUCACUCGAUCAGCAAGAACGAGAGCACGGAGGCGCAUGUUCGAUACAUCCUGGACGAGGUUCUCCCCGCGCUCGUUCCCUCGAGCGCCCGCCUUGAUAUCGUCGGUAUCGGCCUCGGCGCCGACCACGCAACCAGGGCCCUCGACAGCCCAGACACCUGGUCCGUCCUCGGGCACCGGAUCAACACGCUCUCGCUCCUCGGCAGCACGACCGCCAUCGACGAGCUCUCCCACGAGCCGCUCAAGGAGUUCCUUCCCCGCCGCGCCCGGGCGUACAUAACGGACGAAUCCCCCACCCUCACGCCCCUCGCCCGGCCUGGCGGCAACCCGAACACUGCCUCCUUCACGCAGCACGGCUGCACCGUCUUCAGCUCCGGCGAGGAACACUACGUCGAGCGCAUGUUUAUCACCAGCCGGGCCCCUAUCCUCGACUGGAUCCAGGAAGUUGCCCUCGCGGGUCAGGAUUACCGACACCCGGCGGUUAUAGCCGUCGAUCCGCGCGUGCCGACCAUGGAGGAGUGGGCCGCCGGUGGCUUCGACGAGACCUGGGAGAGUUUGCCCGAGUUCGCGAGGCCGAGCCUCGGAUAUGCCAUGAUAUCCGAUGACCAUGGGCAUUGCAAAGUUUCGGACGGUAUUCGUGAGAUUGCGAAUAGUCGGGCUACAGGGCAUGGUGAAGGGGAUGACGAGUAG